CAGACUUUUAGACAGACUUGGUUGCCAUAUUCUGCUUAUUUCUUCAAUGAAUUACGAAGGUAUGCUUCUAUACGUGUGCUUUUUUUGAUUGGUUUACUCCUUAGUGCCCUUCUAGGUCAGCGUGGUAGCGCGUACUUUCGCAACUGCAUAUUGAGUCGGAGUAUGUCUUAUAGCAAGAAGUCAGAGGCUCACCAUAGCAAUUUGAAGUCAUUCUUGGCUGGUGGAUUCGGCGGGCUUUGCGCCGUUACGGCUGGUCAUCCAUUUGACACGAUAAAAGUUCGUCUUCAAACCAUGCCACGAGUUAAACCCGGUGAAACGCCAAUGUAUCGUGGUGCUGUUGAUUGCGCUGUCAAGACCAUUAAAAAGGAAGGUGUCAGGGGUCUAUAUAAGGGGAUGCUUGUACCACUGUUUGGUGCAACUCCUCUGUUUGCGUUAUGUUUUUUUGGCUUCAGCUUGGGAAAGGAACUUCUUGCACAGGAUGCAAAGAAUAUUAAAAAGAGUGAAAUAUUUUUCGCGGGUAUGCUAUCCGGUGUAUUCACUACUGUUGUAAUGGCUCCAGGUGAAAGGAUCAAGUGUUUACUUCAGGUUCCGAAUCUUGGUUUCCGCCCUAAGUACACCGGCCCAGUUGAUGUUAUCAAGCACUUAUACCUUGAAGGUGGUGUGCGCAACCUCUUCAAGGGUACUGGUGCAACACUUUUACGAGACGUCCCAGCAUCAGGAGUUUUCUUCGUUAGUUAUGAUUGGAUAAGGGAGCUAACGUCAACCACUUCGAAAUCAGAUCCUGGAGUUGCGCAAACUCUGUUUGCUGGAGGAAUGGCCGGUGUUUUCAAUUGGUUAAUUGCUAUUCCUCCGGACGUGCUCAAAUCCCGACUCCAGAUAGCUCCGGAGGGCAAAUAUCCCUGCGGUCUACGAUCUGUUUUUGAGGAAUUGCUGACAAAGGAGGGUGUUCUCGCACUUUACAGGGGUGCAGCUCCGGUCUUGAUUCGAGCAUUUCCAGCUAACGCAGCUUUUACCAAUGAGGUGCAGCCCGAUGAUUGGAAUCUAUACCUAGGACGGGCUCUUCUUGCCUACCGAGCCUCUGCUCACACCUCGACUGGAGUCUCACCAGUCAAGAUGCUCACGGGCCGUGAAAUGAGAGUUCCUUCGGAUAUUUUGCUUCCCCGAAAGAAACCGACAGGUGAUAAUGCGCCUCAGAACCCAUCGGAAAUUCUACCACCCCUGGAGCAAGAAAUCCUACCGGAUAAUCAAAGCCCUGCCGCCCACGAAUUAUCUCGCUCGGAACGCGAAGAUCGCUACUCGGCCUCAAACACUGAUGUUGAUGUUGCUAAACUCUUGGUUUGGCUAGAAGAUAGGGUUAUAUGUUCUCUUCCUAUUAGCGAUCGGUUUAGGGACAUUGAUUCAAAGACUUGGCCAAAUUAUGUUGACAUGGUAAACUGUGGUGAUUAUAAAGGAAAUCGUGGUAGCAAAAGCUAUGCUACUUCUCAGGAAGCCGAUAUAUUUGCUGGUAUCGAUGGUAGGCUUUGGGGUUUUGUUCUGACGGCACAAGCCGACAGUUCUCAGUUUAGGGAAGGGGUACACAGACUUGCAGAAGCACUCAAUGUGCCUCAACAUCCAGAUCCAAAACAAACCUUUCGAGGCAUCUGUGUCUUGAUUGAAAGAAUGAUGUCAAAAGAAUCCCUAAAACGAGCUAGGGAGGAGCAUAGAGAAAAGAUUGAACUGUUGAGAGUAGACGACAUAUUCCUGGGUUUUGAGGUUGACGACCCAGCCUUAUUGCCCGCUGCCGUCGCUCUUCGUCUCCUACAUGUUUCGGAAUUGCGCAACCUGCAGGAUCUUAUCAACUUUGCUAUCGUCAAAGUUCAGCAACUGACCGCGGAUCCAAAAACGGAUGAGAAGCUUGGCCAAGUUGGGUUUUGA